CAUCCCACCACCUCGCGUCCUCGUCGACACCUCUUGCACCUUCUUACACCUCUACCAACCCACCCAGACGAUCUACAAUGGCACCCAAGUCCGCAGCUGAGAAGAAGCCCACCUCCACCGCUGGCAAGGCUCCGGCCAAGUCCACUGAGGGCGCAAAGAAGACAGCAAAGACCACCGCGCCUCCCAAGGCUGAGGGUGAGAAGAAGAAGAGAAACAAGGCGCGCAAGGAGACCUACUCUUCUUAUAUCUACAAGGUCCUCAAGCAGGUCCACCCCGAUACUGGUAUCUCCAACAAGGCUAUGUCCAUCCUUAACUCCUUCGUGAACGAUAUCUUCGAGCGGAUUGCCGGUGAAGCUUCCAAGCUCGCUUCUUACUCCAAGAAGUCGACCAUCUCCUCCCGCGAGAUUCAGACAGCUGUCCGGCUCAUUCUCCCUGGCGAGCUUUCCAAGCACGCUAUCUCUGAGGGUACCAAGAGUGUGACGAAGUUCUCUUCCUCUGCUACCACAACGAAAUAAGUGGUUGGCACGGUUGGGUUUUCUCGUUCUCCCUCUUGUCUGUCUCAUACUGCUGUACUUUUGUGCUAAUACACCCUGUUUACAUACGUGAUUGCGCUGUCUGUAAGCAACGUGUCCAUUGUUAUCAACUUGGUGAAUUGUAUGUUAUGGAAAG